CAUUGGUUCUAUAGAAGAAGCAAAAACCAAGAGCCAUCAGUCCAAAGAUGAAGACUCUUUGGUCCAAUUCAUCUAAUUUCUGCUCCUCAAUCUCCAUUCUUCUGCUCCUUCUUGCCGCCUCUUUACUUGUCAUCUCGCUAGUGGAUUUCACACUCAGUCCAGAGAGAGCUUCCGCGAUCUCAUUGCAGCCUCCAUGGAAAUGGAGAAUCGACUCUUUUAGCUCUUAUUCUUUGGCUUUAAAUGCAGAGCUGGACAUUAAUGGAACUUCUGGCGAUCAUCUGGUUCAGGAACAAGAGAAGCCAUCCACAAGAAGCCUGAAAAGCAAGUUGCAGAGGAUUGAAGCAGCUUUAGCAAAAGCAAGGUCUUUGAUCAGAGAAGCAGCUCAGAACAAGAACAUGACAUCAGUUCAUCAAGAUCCGGACUAUGUUCCUCAAGGCCCCAUCUACAGGAAUGCUAAUGCAUUUCACCGGAGCUACCUAGAAAUGGAGAAGCUGAUGAAGAUAUAUGUGUAUGAAGAAGGAGAGACGCCAUUGUUCCACAACGGCCCUUGCAGAAGCAUAUACUCUUCAGAAGGGAGGUUCAUCAUGGAGAUGGAGAAGGGCAGCUUUUACAGAACCAGAGAUCCCAACGAAGCUCUCCUCUAUUUCCUUCCAUUUAGCGUGGUGAUGAUGGUUCAAUACCUCUACGUCCCCGGCGCCCCCGAGUUCCACGCCAUCGGCCGCACGGUCGCCGACUACAUCCAUGUCAUUUCCCGGCGCCAUCCCUUCUGGAACCGGAGCCUCGGCGCCGACCAUUUCAUGCUCUCUUGCCAUGACUGGGCACCACACACGAGCUCCUACGUGCCGGACCUGUUCAACAACUCCAUCAGAGCUCUCUGCAAUGCCAACACCUCCGAAGGCUUCAACCCCUCCAAAGACGUCUCGCUUCCAGAAAUCCAUCUCAAGACCGGAGAAAUCUCCGGCCUCCUCGGCGGCCCCUCCCCGUCGAAACGCCCACUCCUUGCCUUCUUCGCCGGCCGAUUACACGGCCACAUACGGCGGGUCCUCCUAGAUCACUGGAAGCAGAAGGACCCGGACCUCUUCGUCGUCGACGAGCUUCCGGCCGGCGUUUCCUACGAAUCGAUGCUCCGGAAGAGCCGGUUCUGCCUGUGUCCGAGCGGCUACGAGGUGGCGAGCCCGAGAGUCGUGGAGGCGAUCUACGGCGGCUGCGUGCCGGUGCUGAUCUCCGACGGGUACGUGCCGCCGUUCAGCGACGUGCUGAACUGGAAGGCGUUUUCGGUGGCCGUUCCGGCGAGGGAAAUAACGAACUUGAAGAAGAUACUGACGGCGAUAUCGCGGGGACAGUACUUGAGGAUGCAGAGGAGAGUUAAACUGGUGCAGCGGCAUUUUGUGAUCAAUGGAGCUCCCAAGAGAUUCGACGUUUUCCAUAUGAUCAUCCACUCCAUUUGGCUCCGACGAUUGAACAUUCAAAUCCAUGAUUGAUCCGGAUCAAGAUGUCAAAAGUUAAUUUUGUGUUUCGGCUUGAAUUUUAAACCUAGAUUAUUUUUGGUUUGGACAUAUUCAAUUUUCUCGCUUUCUUUCUUUUUGAAGAUUUGGGCUCGAAGAAAUCAAAACCUAGAUUGAUUCCGGUUCGAACAAUUUCAAUUUCCUGUCUCUUCUCUCUUUCGAAGGUUUGGUUUGAAGCUUAGAUUAAGUUUGAAGAAA